UCUAUUCUUCUAAUGCUGUCUUAGUGCGAUUCAGACUGAAACAUACGGAAUGUGCGUAAAGAGCCGCUUAUGCUGGACGCAAAAUGCUCUGCCCACCGGGCGCCGUCGCGUUUGCUGCCUGCGUUCCUCUCCAAGGAUGAUAAGGCGCAUGGAUGCACUCGUCCCAGACCUCGUUCCUAAAUGUGAUAAUACUAACAUCAUUUUCUCCAACGACCCUUAAUCUGAUCUCUGUUUUUUUUUCUUCCCCCUCUUCUUCUUCUCCUCCCCGUGUGUGUGUGGAUUGUGUUCAUCUUUAACCUGCCAUCACUGUAGCCCCCCGCGUUGCGUUGGCGCUGCGGAAUAGCCUACAAGAACAAGAGCCAGCUCUCAGCCGUGGAAACAAGCGAAUCAAUUUAGGGAAGAGAAAAGGAGAGAUAGAUAGCGAGGUUGGAAAAACUGACGAUCGGGAGAAGGGACGAGGAGGAGAGAAAACAUCGACCACACGCCGCAGCUGCCGAAAUAUUAAGUGAGAAGCAAGAGCCUCUACAGAGACAACACUUUCAAGAGCAAAUCCUCCCUCAAAUCUUAUUUCUAUUCUAAUAAUUGUCAUGGGAACUAAAAAUACUGGGUUCCCUAAAAUGACAUGUUGAAAAGAACAAGGUAUUUUUUAGUCAAAGAAGCAUGAGCAAAGUAAAAUAAGAACCUAUUAAUGAUAAACAGAGAAUUUAGCAUAACAUUACGCUUAAUCUUCUAAAUUUUGAAAGUGAAUGCUUGAAGGAGAAAAAAAAACAGAACAAGAGCAUACAAUAUGAACAUCAAGAUAAGCACUUAAAUUCCCCUGUUUGGAGGUGACUUAUCAGCAUCAUAGCAAUAGGGGUGGGUCAUGACUCAGUUGCCAUGCGUGUUGUCAUGGUGACCAGCCCCUGUACCCCUUCCCUCCUCCUCUGGUUGGUCCAGCUUUUGUUGUGGUUUCACAACCAUGGACCUCAGCUGACAGAGGCAGCACCCCCCUGUCCCACCCUCUGUACCUGCUCCAAUCAGGCGAGCCGUGUCAUCUGUACAAGGAAGAGCUUAGAUCAAGUCCCAGACAGUAUUUCAGAGAACACAAGAUACCUCAAUCUACAAGAGAACACAAUUCAGGUGAUCAAGUCUGACACAUUUAAGCACCUGCGGCAUUUGGAAAUCCUCCAGCUCUCCAAGAACCACAUCCGGCAGAUUGAGGUGGGAGCUUUCAAUGGCCUUCCCAACCUCAACACACUGGAGCUUUUUGACAACCGUCUUACAGUGGUGCCAUCACAAGCCUUCGAGUACCUCAGUAAGCUAAGGGAACUAUGGCUACGAAACAACCCCAUCGAGACACUGCCGGCCUUUGCCUUUCACCGUGUUCCCUCUUUACGCCGUCUCGAUCUAGGGGAACUCAGGAAGCUGGAUUUCAUCUCAGAGGCUGCCUUCGAAGGUCUGGUCAACUUGCGCUUCUUAAAUCUUGGCAUGUGUGGCUUGAAGGACAUCCCUAACCUCACCCCACUAGUACGACUAGAGGAGUUGGAGCUGUCAGGGAACCAGCUGGGGAUAGUCAGGCCUGGAUCCUUCCAGGGUCUAGUGUCACUUCGCAAGCUGUGGCUAAUGCACUCAAGAGUUUCAGUAAUUGAACGCAAUGCUUUUGAUGACCUCAAAAAUUUGGAGGAGCUCAAUCUCUCUCACAAUUCCCUGCAUUCUCUGCCCCAUGACCUCUUCACCCCUUUGCACCAGUUGGAGAGGGUACAUCUCAACCACAACCCUUGGGUGUGCAACUGUGAUGUUCUGUGGCUCAGCUGGUGGCUGAAAGAAACCGUUCCGAGCAACACCACAUGUUGUGCUCGCUGCCAUGCACCCCCAGGUCUAAAGGGAAAGUACAUUGGGGAACUAGACCAGAGCCACUUUACCUGUUAUGCCCCAGUGAUUGUUGAGCCACCCACUGACCUUAAUGUCACUGAGGGCAUGGCUGCUGAGUUGAAAUGUCGUACUGGAACCUCGAUGACCUCUGUGAAUUGGUUCACUCCAAAUGGCACUCUGAUGACCCAUGGAUCAUACCGAGUUAGGAUCUCAGUGCUUCAUGAUGGAACACUGAACUUCACAAACGUGACCGUGCAAGACACUGGUCAGUACACUUGCAUGGUAACCAACUCCGCUGGAAACACCACUGCAACCGCCGUGCUCAAUGUGUCUGCUUCAGACCCCAGCAACAGCUACAGCUAUUUCACCACUGUCACUGUGGAAACAGUAGAGACAGUAAGAGUAGAUGAGAAGAACUCAGCAAGACAGUAUAUUAACGAGACUUUCAUAGAUUUUCCUAAUCCUACUGUUCAAAGAGGGGUGUUAGAGGGCCGACCUGGCAUCACUAUAUCGCCUUCUCUUUCGUCUCUUUCCUCACUGUCUCCACGAGCCAACAAAGCUACUGAAAAUUCAGUGACAUCCUUAAUGGAUGUAACUAACAUUCCAGGCCUGGAAGAUGUAAUGAAAACAACUAAGAUCAUCAUUGGUUGCUUUGUGGCGAUUACCUUUAUGGCAGCUGUAAUGUUGGUGGUCUUCUAUAAGCUCCGGAAGCAGCACCAGCUACACAAACACCACGGCCCUGCCAGAGCCAUCGAAAUUGUCAAUGUAGAAGAUGAGAUUGGAGCCGGGGCCGGGAGUGGCAUCUCAGGUGGUUCAACAAUGAAUUCUGGCGGUGGGGGAGAAGGAACCCUAAGGAUACAUCAUCCAGAAAUUGUCAACCUUCCCAACAUUGGCCGUACAGAUACUCUCAACCAUUACUACAAAACCCAUCAUUUCAACAACAACGUGAUGGGUCUUAGUAUUGGCUCCGAAGGGAUGGGACCAGGAGGGAUGCUUAAUAACAAGAACCAGCAAGGCCAGGAUAUCCCCAUCUCCUGUACCUCGGUCCCAAUCUCCACAUCUAAUUUGCUUUCCUCAUCAGGCAAUGGCACCAAUAUCAACCCCAAUUCUAUGUCCCCUCCGCUGCCGAUGUCUCUGCCCAUGCCGACCAUGGGCUUACAUGGAUCGAUCAAGGGAUUCAUGGGCCAAAACCACAAUCCCCAAAUGGAGCCUCUUCUUUUCAAGGGGAGCUCGAAGGAAAACGUCCAAGAGACUCAGAUCUAAAAACAAAAGCGAGAGUAUAGAGAGAGAGUGAGCAAGAGUCUGAGACAGAGAGGGGAUUGAUGUUGGGUUUAUGCGCGGAAUGAUUAGACACUAGAGUGCAUUGACAUUACACCAGGAGAGAGGAUAGACUGACACGGCAAUACACAAACACAUAGACUUAUCCGUGACAGUGUACUGAGCCAAGGAUUACCACAAUGGGCCACUUGUGUUUGUAGUAACGAUCAUGGCCAUGGAGAUCAAGGAAUGGACAUUGCUACAAUGUAAAUCUGUGCCAAAGCAAAUGUUUUUUGCAGUUUCUACAAGCUGUGUUCACAUAGGGAAAAACUAGCCUUUCGGAGUAAUCAGUCCCAAAAUCGUUGUUGGCCAGCAGAGAUGAAAGACAUGCAUAGCACUCACCACACUGAAGAUCGGAAAAAUUACAGAACAAAAUCCAAGAGACAUUUUUCUUCCACACAAAACACAAGCCACACUCUCUCUCGAGUGACUCAAUAGACUCCCUCAUGGUGACAAUUAUGUAGGCAUAAAUAGAUGGACAAAAAGGUACAGUGCAGUACAAACUACUGUGAAAAAUCCACAAAUUAUAUAAAUAUAUUUUCAUUUAAAUAUGUAUCAUUGCAGACUCCGAUGCAGAGAUAUUUUGGGGUGGAUGUAUAAGCUGGUAUAGUUUGUUUCUUUGUGAAUAAUCAGGGGCGGUGAUAGUGGAGGUUGGUUAUGAUACAUGUUUUAAGUUUGGCUACUUCUCAGAAACAUAAGGGCUCAAUUGCAACACUCAUUGUGAAUCUUUGAAUUGGCUUUGUGACAUAAAGUCCAUUUAGGUUGUAGAACAGUGAAUGCAGAUCUCUGUUUGACAAACCUUUUUCUGUUGCUUCAGUAAUAAUCAUAACAAACUUUUGUGUUCUGAGAGUGUAUUAUGUAUUUUGUAAAAGCCAGCUACUUGGUAUUUGAAUUUGAAUUGACAAUUCAGAUACUUAAAUGCCAGCAUCAAACAAUGGUAAAACGAUGUUCCAUAAACACAGAAAGGUAAUUCAAUGCAAAGACCUGUAUGGGUAAUAUAAAGUGUUGACAAUGUGUUAUUUGAAUCAGAUCAGUAGCCAGAUAUUUGCUUUUAGACAGGAAUUUGAUAUGACCUCCUUGCUCAUGGUUACCAUAAUCAUGCCAUAAAUGCUGUCAUAAGGAUGAUUAGACAUCUAACUGCAACAGCAUUCAAGAAGGGAUUAAACAUCCAUCUUAGGAUGAUUGGAAUGAAUGGAAAUGUACAGUAUAUUAAUAAUAAUAAUGUCUGGUUGUAUGACAAUUGUAAGAUCCACAUUUUUACAGUGUAACUUUCAUAUGUUAAAUGCCAUUUACGCUUCUUGCGUUUCAACUAUGUAUUUCUUUAUUUUUGUUAGUUUGAUAUAAUGUGUACAGUUGUCUAGCCAUGUAUCAUUACGUGUGAAAUAAAUCAAUCAUAUAUUGGGUUAUGGCUGGUCAAUGUGGAUAACCACAUAAGUAAAGAGUGAGACAUUAUGCAGGCCUCUGUGCUAAACCUGGAUUGAAUGUAUGGUUUGUGGUUUAGUCAUUAGUCAUCGUGUUAAUGAUAGGUUCCAUCUGCUCUAUUAACACAUUGAGACAGGCUUUUAGUCACUCUCCAACAUAGAGUCACUCUAUAGAUGUUCUAGAGACACUACUGGUUUUGCAAAAUAAGUGUUUUUAACAUCUUAUUCUAACAAUAGCACUUUUGUCUGAAAUUAGCCCUCACUCUGCUUCUCCCCUGGCAAUUCUACUGGUUUGAAACAGGAAAAAGGAUUGAGUAAAGAGGUAUAAUGAAUAAAUUACCUUUACGAUUAUAUUUAUCAAGCAGGAAUCUAAAAUGUUUGUUGCAAUUGAGCACAAACUGGACAUGCAACCAGUUAUUCCUGAUAAAUGUACCUGAGAUAGUAUUAUCAACAAAAUCAUAUUAACAAGGUUUUCGAAUGUGAACUGAAUUCGAAUCUGUAUGUGAUUUUGCUGGAUUUUUUUUGUUACAUAUAUAUAGGAGCUGUUUUAUGUGAGUGAUGAUGGUUUUUCUUAUCAGCAACGAGCCCACACUUAUUGGAAGAAAAGGAACACUGAGAGAUAGUAAUAAUGGUGAUGAUAAUAUGAGUGAUGAUAUCAGACAAAACCCACCCAGAUUGUACCGUCACAGAGGUUAAUCCAUGAAAGGAACAUUUUCUACAUCGAUGCACACCACAUUCAUCCUGUUUAAUGCUAAACAUUGAAGCCAUCUUUUGAAAUAUGCCCAGUUAACUACAAUAACACCUGUAAACUGAUUGAUCAGAUGACUCAGGUUGUCUAAAUUGCAGCCAUGUAUUUUCUCAACUUGGUGUUAAUGUUUUUUGCUUGUGAAUCUCAUUCAAAAUAAUAGUAAAUGUAAAUGUGUUGCGACCCCACAGACAGAUCUAGUGGGCAGGGUUCAACUGUAGCCCCACAGAGACACAAAUAGAAUAUAAAUGAAGGCUAAAGACACAACAUAUGGCCGCUCCCUUGAUGUGCUACAUUCAGUGGCUCUGCUGUCAGAUUUCAAAGAGCAUACCAGAUACCUUCUUGUGUGCUGUGUGUGAGGGCACAUUCCUGCAUGUUAACUGUGGAACCAAUCUUCUUACCUUAACAUGACUGUGGCAGUGUUUUAUUGUGAUGUUGACUCAUGUAAUCAGCACAGAAAUGUUCCUUUCAUACCACUGGACAUCCAUAACAUGGAAAAUGCACAGUUAUCAUCAUUAUUAUUAACAUUUGGUGGAAAUGCAGAAGGGCUUUGUUGCAUCUUAGUAUAGUAGCUGCCUUUGUACAUAUAGAACUUGAUGUGAUUUAAAAGGAGGCUCAUUCUGCAGCAUUCUUACAGUAAUGUUAACAAAUGUAUGACCCCUUUUUAAUGAAGAUCACAAGCUUGAGACUGGAAUCUGAAUAUGUGCAUAUUGGGCAACUGUAUUUCACUGUAUUAUAUGGUGAAUAUUGAUGCAGUUUGGCUACAGAUGGAGUGCUGGCAUACUGUAUAUCCUCUGCACCAUCCGUUGCUUACAGUGGAUGCUUCAGCCCAGGUGACAUUUCUUGGUUUGUCGGAAGCAAAACUCCUUAAUGAAAUGGAUUAUCAUAUCCGAGACACCAAAUUGCAAGACAAGAAAAUGGACUGACCUUUUGUGUCCUUUAAAGGUAAGCGGUUCUGUUUGAUAAAAUACUAUAAAAAUAACCUGGGUCUGUUCUGAAAGCUUUUUAAGGAGAAAGAGAGAGAACAGUGUUAAGCUCUAGAAGAAUUUAGAUCUCUUUAAUACAAAAUAAUUACUGAAAAAAAAAAUUGUCAUUUUGUGUUGUUUUUAUUUUCCUUUCUUAUUUUCCAGUUGUUAGUUGUAUCUCGGUAUGUGAUAUUAUCAAUUUGGGUCUUUAUGUAUUGUCAUUAAAUGUAAUUUCUUUCACGCGUUCAUCCAGGUACACAGUGUGGCAGAAGAGUGUAUUUCUUCAAUUAUAGCAAGAUUAUCAUGUGCUGUACUUGCACUUCAAUGACUGUCAUACAAUGACUGAGAGGUAUAU